CUGAGACCCUUUAAGCUUCACGGAGCUUCACGGCUGUGUGUGUAGAGGGAAAACUACACACGCAACUUCUUUCAUUGGGAACAAAUAUCUCUGACCUCAUUAAGCCGAAACAAAGUCCAGCAUGGACUCGCUGCUCUGAGAAAAACAACCUAAAAUCAGCGAGGAGUCAAAGUUAGACUACCUGCGACUUGGAGAGAGAGAGAGAAACCGGCACACAGGAGACCUACUGGAGCGAAUGAGAUUCAUCCCAACCAAAACCCAGGCCAUGCUUGCUAAGCUAUGAACUCUACAAUGGUUUGGUCCACAAUGCUGACAUUCCUGGUGCACGUUUUGCUCGCAUCCCAUGGUACUUUGUGUUCAGAGCCCGAGGAGGAAGUCUCACUCCAUAAAGGCACCCUGGACCUCCCAUGGCAGGAUGAGCUGUGCUGUGACUCACCUACAGCCCACCUCAAUGUGGGGGGUGACGGCGCACACACACUGGAGAGAGGCCGCUCGCAGUCAGGCCACCCACACCGUCCCCGCUGCCAUUUUUCCGGCUCGACAAGCGCCUCACAUCUUCAGAAACGUCACAAGUCCUCUGGCGGCACCUGCUUGGACAUCCUGUGCAGAAUUGAUGAAAAUUGGGAAAAUCUAAUUUGUGAUCUCAAAUCUGGCACCCCACCAGCAGAGGCGUUGGACGCGGGCUUCAUGGCCAUUAGCUUGCAGCGCCUGGUGUCUCACAAAGAGCACACAGAAAUGAGUGACGGUGACGGUGAAAAUCCUGAUAAUCCUGAUAAUCCUGUGGUUUGCGCGGCAGAAGAUUCCUUCUUGUGCUCCGUUGCUCUUGAUGUUACCACAAGUUUUGUCACCGUGGUGACGGUCAGCAUCUCCAACGCCACAGCCCCACCAGUCCUGCUCAGCAUUCCUGCUCGACCUGUGAAACCAAGUCCUCCAGUCAACCUGACACACACCCAGACCAUCGAGGCGCAGCUGAUUUUAAGCUGGAAUGAGCCGUCGCAGUUUGACAGCGGCCCACUGAGCUAUGAGGUCCGAUACUCAUCCAACCGCACUCACCCAGUCUGGCAGGUCGUGUCUGUGUCCGGAGAGCCCCGGGUGUCUCUGGAUCUGAAGCCCAGGCUCAACUACAGCCUGCAGGCUCGCCGCUCCGGCCCUGCUCAGCCUCCUCUGUGGAGCGACUGGAGCCAAGCCCACCACAUCUACCUGGACACGGUGAGCUACAUCCCUGAGAAAGUGGUGGCCCGUCCGGGGGAGAACGUAACGGUGCACUGCGUGUUCAACGAUCACAGCACCAACGCCAGCGCGGCCGUCUGGAUCCUCAACUUCGAGCACAAACUGCCCCACAGCCAGUACCGCCCCGUCAACCAAUGGGUCAGCCAGAUCACAGUGCGCCCUUCAGAGAAGAGGAUGUAUGAUGUGCUGCGCUGCACACAGGAGUGGAACAUCCCCUACAGCCAGAUCUACGUUGAAGGAGCUGCCAUUGACAUAAGCUGUGAGACCAAUGGUGACAUCGACGCUAUGGCCUGCAGCUGGAAAAACACACAGUGGACGAAACCCGACUUCGUAUCCAGGUGGGCGGAUCUGCCGUGCGAUGUGAUGGAGGAGAGGGAUAGAGCGGGCGAGGAGGUGGGCGAGAUGGGGCAGGCGACGUGCCAGUCGGCUUGGGGGAGUGGGGCCAAGUCUGGCAAAGAGAGAGUUUGGACCUGCACCAUCCAGCCUCUGAGGAUGAACUGCUACAAGCUGUGGCUGGAGGUGCCGUCCCCGCUGGGCCCCAUCAGGUCCAAACCCAUCUACCUCUCACCCACAGACCACGUGAAACCCCACAGACCCACAAAUGUAAGAGCAGUGAGCCAGACCUCCGGGUCCCUGAUGGUGACCUGGGACCCUCCACACCUGCCUGUCGAGGGACUGAAGUGCCAGUUUCGUUACCACUCACCCUACACUGUGAGAGCCCAGCCAGAGUGGAAGGUCCAGAGUCCAACACCGGAUCGUUGGGCGGAGGUGGCGGUGCCAGACAUGUGCCGCGUGUAUGUGGUCCAAGUCCGCUGCAUGCACACGGAAGGCACCGGCUACUGGAGUGACUGGAGCGAAUCUGUCUACUCCACACCGCAAAACAGCAGAGCUCCUGAGCAUGGUCCAGAUUUCUGGAGAGUUCUUCAGGACGAUCCAUACAGAAACCAGACUAAUGUCACUUUAUUGUUUAAGUACCCUCCAAUAGCGGGGCGCUCCUACUGUGUGGAUGGGUUUGUAGUUCAGCAUCAGACCUCUAGUGGCGCCGUGACCGAGGAGCGAAUCGAGCUGGUGACCUCCUACAGCUUUGAGUGGAGCCAGGAGAGUCACACUGUGACUGUGGAGGCCUACAACAGCCUGGGCAGCUCCACUAACAACAUCAACAUGACACUGGAGAGACGGCCCAAACGCCACUGUGUGCGGUCCUUCCGUGUGCUGGUCAUCAACAGCACCUACGUGUCUCUGUCCUGGGCCCUGCGGGACAACAACACCGUGCCUGUAGCCAUGGUGGUCCAGUGGUCGGCAUCGAGGCAGCAGCACCCUGACCGACGUAACAGCGGGGAAACGUGGGCCAGGUUUCCCUACACAGAUCACACCGUCUACCUGAGGGGUGAUUUCUUUGGCUCCGAGGAGUAUGGCUUCUACCUGUACCCUGUGUUUGCUGAUGGAGAAGGGGAGCCGGUGUACGCUAUAGCAACCAGAGGAGACCCUGCGGCCUACAUGCUGCUGAUGAUCAUCACCUUCUUGUCCAUUGUUCUGUUUGUCACCCUGGUCCUCUCCCAAAACCAGAUGAAAAAGUUUGUCUGGAAGGAUGUGCCAAACCCCAACAACUGCUCCUGGGCCAAAGGGCUGGACUUCAGAAAGGCUGAAACCUUCGACCACCUGUUCCGACUCCCAGAGGGCCUGCCGGCCUGGCCGCUGCUGCUGCCCUCUGAGAACAUUUCUGAAGCGGCCAUUGUGAAUGAGGCUGACCUCCCAGCUCUGACCACAGCCUUGGUCCAAGCCCCAGCUGUGUCACCAGCUCCAGGCGUAACCUCGGCGCCCAGCGAGACAAAAUGCAAAGAAAGUGUGGGACUUCUGGAUGGAGCUCCCUCUUCAGCCUCCAUUGUGGACACUUUGACACCCUCAGGUCCAGAGCUAGGUGAGGUAGAGCCGGUCAGUACCCAAACUAGUCACCCCCCUGGCACCGCUGACAACUCGGCCCAGUCAUCAGUCACUUAUGCCACCGUGCUGCUCUCUGAUCCAGAGCGGGACCAGCAGCCCCAUCGUCUCUGCUACAAGGACGGUAGCGGCAGCAGCUCCAGCGAUGAGGGAAACUUCUCUGCCAACAACUCGGACAUUUCUGGAUCUUUCCCCGGAGGCCUGUGGGAGCUGGACAGUUGUCGGUGCGGGGAGGUGGACGACCCUCAUCGCUCCUGUUCCUACAACUCUGUGGAGGAAUUCUCCGAAACGUCAGAGCAAGAGGAAGAUGAAGGGGUGAGAGAGGAGAAGGACUUGCAUUAUCUAGGAAUGGGCUAUCCAGCAGAGGAUGGGGAGAGUGAGGAGGAGAGUGAGGAAGACGAGGAGGAAGAAGAGAGGGAGGAAACAAAGAUUGAGCUUCUUAAAAAUGUGGUUUUGAAGAUAGAGGACUGCUCUGCAGAGUCACACCCGUUACUCAGGCCUGGGGACUCGAGUGAGCCCAGAGAGCCGCUGUCACCAUCAUCAGCGAGUGGCUUUGCCCCGCUUUACAUGCCUCAGUUCAGAACUGCUCCUUGCACAUGGCAGCUGACAGCCAAACCACAAGACAGCGCCCCCCAGCUGUGAGCUCUGGCACUGCCACACAAAAUGUGCACUUCAUUGUUGUACCAUGAUUCAGCUUGUUGCCAGAGCGGGUUUCCAUUGUGCUCCCUCAGAGUUAGUGAGGUGUGAUGUCGUAAAAUGUAAAAUACCUCGACUGAUUUAUAUGACUCCAAAUGUAGCCAUUCACUGAUGCUGCUAUUGUGUUUUGUGCUAAGGGGAGAGCAAGGAAGACAGGAGGGCACAAGCCUCUGGUGUGGGCGUUUAUUUAUUUCUUUAUGGGUGUUUAAAGCCCUGUCUCAACUGUGCCUCACUGCUCCUCUGGGAUGGUGUACUAGUGGCUAAUGAGAUGACUUUAUGGAUAGGAGACUAAAGAGCUUACACUUCUACAUAUUUUAAUGGAGUUGAAAUUGAUGUGUAAAUACACUCUUAAUGCCCAUACCAUCCAGAAGGUACAGCCAUUUAUACAAGUAGGACAUUGAUAGGAAAGGAGGCAGAUGUACUGCUGAGGGGAGGCAGACAUCCUGUCACCUCAAACAUCUUGUCUCGAAGGUCUCCAAACUCUGAUAGGUGGGCAUAUCUUAGCCUGGCCAGAAACCAGACUCUUCUAAAGUCUGGAAAGGCAGAUAAUAAAGGAGCUCAAACUUGAGGUGGUGUCUGACGCUGGUUGGAUACUACCCAUUUGGAACUAAUGAAUCAUUAACAUGAGAACCAAUCAAAACCAUCGCUCAGAAUUUGGGCCGAAAGUUGGCCGAACCAGUCGAGACUCAGCAGGGACAACCCCCUGCCGUCCCAUGCAGACGGUGUCAACCAGGCUAAACAUUUCUUGGACGCACAGAGAAAGCUUUGAGAAUGCUCUGUAUACUUGCGUUUACCCAUGACCGCCCUGCUGCUGCAUCUUCAAGCUGAAAACAAGCCUUCAUCUGUUGUACGCUGAGCUCCCUCAUCAGCAUUUUAGUCAGAACAUAAAGUGAUUAAAAAAAAAAUAAUAAAUCAGUGAAAGAGAGAGAGACUUAGCCUUUCAUCUGUCAAGCUAUGUUUCUGACAUAUUUUCACAUUAGUUGGUGAGGUUAAAGCACACCUGGGGUUUUGCCUCAGAGUCUGUGCUGUGAGUAACGGGAUAAGACAGUACAACGGUCACAGCACAUACCUGGAUGGGAAAUUGGCAGGUGGUUUUGGGGACGCUUUAUUUACUUCAUUGUGGAGGACAGCUCACACAUCGGCAUUCGCAUUGAUGAACCCGCCCACCAACCGAAAGAAUGUUUUCCAUUGUGCUGUACUGUAUUUGAAUCUUUGCUACAAUUUGUGAGAAAUGUGCUAUCUAUUUUUCUGUGCUCGCCAUUCUCGAUGGAAAGCUGUUGGAUGGUGUAAACAAAAGACAGAAGAAUGUACAUUUUGAAUCCAGUGGAUGACAGACAUGAAAAAGUACUGAGAAUAUUGAUGCAUAUAAAUUGUUAUUGUAUAUUGAGAUAUUGUCUAUUUUUCAUGG